AUGUUUCUUUUUUCAACGAAAGAAGCUGUUCCAGAGAUAAUAAAAAGUCCGCCAAUUCAGAUGGCAAAUGGGGCGAUCGAAAGUCGUUUGAUUUCAUCCCUCCACAACCCAAGGAGUUCCAAAAAUGGGCACUCCUCCGAUCUUGACCUCCACCAAAAGCUGAAAAUCCAACAGAAGCAGAACUCGCUACCAACAGUCAAGUUCACGCCGCCGACACUAGAAAUCGCCACCGACAUUGAACAGUUGAAAUCGAAAUACAUUGUUUUAACCCCAAAGGAAUGUGGUUCCAAAUUGAUAUUUGGCGCUUUUCCUAUUUUCGCGAUUGGCCGCGGAGGAAUCUCCUCGGGCUACAAUUGGCCAUUUUUCAAAAAGCGUCAUUUUUGGAACCACCACCAAAAGAAGCAAUUUAACCCCUCCCCUCACAACAAGUUCCAAGCGAAGCCACAGCCAGUUCCAAAAUCUCCCUCAAACGAUAGUCAAACUGUAAAACAAUCAAUAUCGGAAUCUCCUCAGCCCAAGAAAGCUCAAGACGGCAUCCCAGAGGCAAAGCGCAACUUCUUUCCGGUUGACAACAUCGGUUUGAAAUGGAACCCGAAUCAAGUCAAGCUCCUCGGUGGAUUGUACAACUUAGGCAACACCUGCUAUCUCAACUCCAGUUUGCAGUGUUUGAUGCACACUGCGCCCCUAGUUAAUAUUCUCUCUGUUCCGCAGAAUCAUCCUGCUGUUAGAAAUCAUGGAGCAUUUUGCCCGAUGAGAUCUCUCGCCAAGCUCAUCCGCCAGCUCCAAAACCUCGGUCCUCGACAAGCAACAAGGCCGCACGAGAUUGUACAACAUCUGAAACAGAUCGCUUCUCAUUUCAGCCACGGACGGCAAGAAUGCGCCCACGAAUUCACGAGACUGUUUAUGGACGCGCUUUUGAGAAGUUGUACUCGUCAGUUUGGAAAGGUCGACAAAUACGAGGAGACGACGUCGAUACCACAUCGCGUUUUCGGCGGCUGGCUUCGUUCAAGAGUCACGUGUUCAAAUUGCAAGAAUCAUUCCGAUACCUUCGAGUCGUUUCUCGAUGUUAAUUUGGAAAUGAAGGGCUGCGAUUCGCUAUUCGACUGUCUUCGGCACUUCACAAUGACGGAAAUUCUCGACAACGGGAAUAUGUACAAAUGCGAUAAAUGCAAAAAAGCUACGCGGGCUGCAAAGCGAUUUACCAUUCAUCGCCCUCCAAAUGUUCUGGCAAUCUCUCUGAAACGAUUCAACAUCAUGGGAAACAAGAACGGUCGGGAGAUUCGCUUCCCAUCGAAGCUUGACAUUUCAAAAUUCUGCUCCUAUUCGAAAAUGGACAACAAUUACGAGCUGUAUGCGAUUCUGGUCCACGCUGGAUUCACUGUCAAUUCCGGCCAUUACUACAGUUACUGUAGAACGGCGAAGGGAAACUGGAGCAGAUUUGAUGACUCUUGCGUCACACCUACGAGUUUGGAAAACGUCCUGCGCCAGCAGCCGUACAUGCUUUACUACGUGCGCACUGAUACGCCAUUUUGGUGUAAAAAGACAAAGAGACCAAACAGCUCUCCAGUCCAGUCUCCUCUUCCGGCAAAGAUCCCGGCCUCGAGUCCGACGACGCCGACGAACAAUCAACUGCCGAAGAAUCCCUUCGUCAGUACUCCUUCACCAUCGCCACAGAAACAAAAGUCGUUUAUUGGACCAACCAGGCCAGUUGUAACGACCGUCAAAGUGACAAAGCCCGAUGAGAGAAAAUACGAAAAACAAUCGCCUAAAUCCUCACCAAAGCCUAAGCCAAGAGAGUCGCCAAAACAGUCGCCGAAAAUGUCGCCAGUUUCGUCGCCGCAGCAGCCGAUUAGAAACAAACUCUUUUACAACCCUGGAAACAAAUCAAACAACCAACAGGCGAAGAACGGAUCUUCUGCUCCUUCGCCGAAGCACAACAACAAUCAAUUCCAGCGUUCGAACUCGAUAAGUUCAACAAUUGGAAUGCUCAAGAGUCAAAAGCCAGAGAAAAAGACGGAGAAAGAACGCAUCUCCGGCCUUGUUGGAUAUUCGAGCGAUGAGUCAGACGAUGAUACGAGUAAAGCCAAGAGCAGUUUCAAUAACAGCAAUUCGAACGGUCCAAAGAAGGAGGCAAGAAAGUCGGAUGAUAAGGAUGGCUUGAUGAAGAGCUUUCAUGAACGAAAAGACAGAAUCGAAGAAAACAGAAAGAGAAAAUAUAAUUUAGGAAACGGGGGCUCAUUCUGGGGCCUCGGAAAGGUAAAUCGAUGGGAUGGAAAGGCGAAUAACUUGGAUCAGCGAGAUCGAGCUGCUUCAGCAGCAAGUGCGGGAAGUAUAAUUUCGAAGGAACAGUUGGAUAUUGACAAGGGAAAGACGAAGAAGUUAAAGCUCGAAAAGAAUCUUCAAAGAAGUAAGUCGUGGAGUAGCGUGAACCACUUUCAGAAAGUCCAAUCUUCCCAAAGCAUCAAACGCUGA